UUAGGUCCCCAGAAAAUAAGAUAUUUUGGUUUUAGGAUCCCCCAAUCUCCCUUAAUCGCAAUCCCCCUUGUUUGGAUUACCCACGCUAUCCCCUUAGCAGCGUAAUCCGGAUAACACCAAAAAUCUGAGCUCUGCUCCAAUGAUCUUCGUCCACGUGUACUGUGGGCCCACGGGGAUGGUGACCCCACCAAAAAGAGCAGAAAAGUUGCAAUCUCCUCCCCCACAAAGUCUACACUUUUUGUGACCUUUUUGAAUGUGAUUAAUGAUAGAUAGGCAGAUAGUGUGAAGCGAAGUUGCAGAAUGAGCAAGCAGAGUGGCAGUGGCACCGCCAUGAACAACAAGAAACGCCGAGCUAAACCGUGUAGAUCCGCCCGGAAAGCCCGAACCCGGAGGCCCAAGUUCCUCAGCCUCCGCCUCCAGCUCGCCGGUGAUAAUAAGAGCGAUGGUGGUGACUGCAAAACGACGUCGGAUGGGCGGCCGCAGCUGGACUUGUUCCCUCUGCACCCGGAGAAUUUGACGGAGGAGAAAGACGCGGCGGCGGAAGAGAAUUACGUGGCGGCGGAGUACAAUUUCUUCUCCGCCGCGGAGAGCGGCGCCACCACGCUCACCGGACUCCUCGGCGCCCCCUCCACCUCAGCUUCUUCCGGGGAAGACUACCGCACCGCCGCCGGCGGAAGCGGAAACAAGGCGUUCUCCUCGUCGGAUUCCCUGCGGUACAUUUCCGGGUGCCGGGGAGCGGCGGCGUUGGCGCGGACGGCGCUGCGGAGCAAAGAGCGGAAGCCGUGCGAGGAGGAGAAGUGGGUGUGCUACUCGGAGGUGGUGGAGAACGAGCGCAAAGACGAGGAAGUCACCAGCAGCUCCGCCUCCGAUCUCCGGCGACGCCGCCGGCUGUCGUUGAAGCUUGAUUAUGAAGAAAUCAUCACCGCUUGGUCCAACCGCGGCUCUCUUUACAUCCAACCAGAGUGCCCCCAGACCGUGCCGGACAUCAUCCACGACGACUUUUUCUCCGGCGGCUUCUAUGAACCAUCGUCCCACGGGACAUGGGAGAGGAAUCUGAGUUUGUAUAGGGUUCCAGAAAUGGUGGGGAGUAGUGGCGGUAAGUGCCGAAACAAUGGGGAAACGCCGGCGGAAGAUGGCGGAGAUGAAGAGGCGGCGAAAGAAGCUGCGGCGGGGCAAACGCACAGAGCGGCUAGCGUUUUGAGAUACAAGGAGAAGAGGCAGAACCGACUCUUCUCUAAGACAAUUCGAUAUCAAGUUCGUAAGCUCAAUGCUGAAAAACGCCCUCGCGUUAAGGGAAGGUUUGUAAAAAGAGAUUGAAGUGUUUUAAUUUAUGAUACGAUCACGACAGAAGUAUGAAGUAUCAAUCACCAUAUCAGUAGAGACCAUCCAAGUCAUAUAUUGUGAAUUCCUAAGAAUUUAAGGAUGAGCUGUACGUGUUUAAAGACACUUUUGUUUCUUGAAAUUUUGUGUUUCACAUUGCAAAUUGUAAAGGAAUGACUGACAAUAAUAUAAACCAUGUGAAAUAAACUACGAACUACGUCAAGAAAAUGCAUUAAGACUGUUAGUCUAUC